CGCGUUUCCGCCGCGAAAGGGCAGUGGGGCGCGCGGUUUGGAGAUGCCGGGUGCUUCUCCGGGUUUCUCUGGGUCACCGCGGCCUGAGUCGCGUGAAGACAUGAGUGACCCCGGAGGCGACCACACGCGCCUCAGGCGCUACCCCAGGCUCCCGGUGUGGGUGGUGGAGGAUCACCAGGAGGUUCUGCCUUUCAUAUACCGGGCCAUUGGUUCGAAGCAUCUUCCUGCCAGUAAUAUACGCUUUUUACAUUUUGACUCACAUCCAGACCUCCUCAUCCCUGUGAAUAUGCCAGCAGACACUGUGUUUGAUAAGGAAGCACUCUUUGGAGAAUUAAGUAUUGAAAACUGGAUUAUGCCUGCGGUUUAUGCUGGCCAUUUUUCUCAUAUAAUAUGGCUUCAUCCCACAUGGGCUCAGCAAAUCAGAGAGGGCAAACACCAUUUCUUAGUAGGCAAAGACAUUUCUACUACCACCAUCAGGGUUACCAGUACAGAUUAUUACUUCCUAAGUGAUGGUCUGUUUGUACCUGAAGACCAGCUAGAGAACCGAAAACCAUUACAGUUGGAUGUGAUCAUGGUAGAACCUUACAAACUCUGUAACAAUCAAGAUGACAGUGACUCUGUGUCUUCUGCAAAGAAGCCCAAGCUGGCACUGGGCCCUAGAGAGAGCACUACCACUACAUAUGGGGACCCUUCCUCAGAAGGACAAAGAAGUGACCAUGCUUGCCAAGAGCCACCAUGCCCAUGUUCUUCUGGAGACCAGCAGUGCCCAAGCACAGCCAGCACUGGGGAGAUUCUGGAAAUGCUGAAGAAUGGAGAUGCUUUUGUUUUAGAUAUUGACUUGGAUUUCUUUUCUGUCAAAAAUCCCUUCAAAGAAAUGUUCACUCAGGAUGAGUACAAAAUUCUACAGGAGCUUUACCAGUUUAAAAAGCCUGAAAGUAACCUUACUGAGGAAGAUUUGGUAGAUAUUGUCGAUACUCGAACUCAUCAAUUAGAAGAUUUAGAAGCAAUUUUUGCUGAUUUGUGUGAUGGUGAUGGUGAAGAAACUGUACAGAGAUGGGCUUCAAAUCCUGGAAUGGAAUCACUAGUUCCACUUGUACAGAGUUUGAAAAAACGGAUGGAAGUACCAGACUAUGAAAUGGUUCACCAGGCUGGGCUAACCUGUGAUCAUUCAGAACUCCCUCAUCAUGUCAGCACAGAAGAAGAAAUUGAGUAUCUUAUCCAGUCUGUGUAUUGUUUACUGAAAAAUCUUCCAAAGCCUACUCUUGUGACAAUCGCAAGGUCAAGUCUGGAUGAUUACUGUCCUCCUGAGCAAGUUGACACCAUUCAGGAAAAGGUCCUCCGUGUGCUGCACUCACUCUAUGGGACCCUGGACACUCACCUGGUGUAUUCAGAGGAGUCUCCUCCUCCUUGUUGAAACAGACAGAGCACUAGGCUCCUGUGCAGUUUGGUACAGUAACGGGGUUUUGUUUGUGAGUCUUCCAGAGUACACUUUCAUUUUUUGGUUUUUCAAGACAGGGUUUCUUUGUGUAACCUUGGCUGUCCUGGAACUCGAUCUAUAGACCAGGAUGGCCUUGAACUCACAGAGAUCCAUCUGCCUCUGCCUCCUGAGUGCUGGGAUUAAAAGCAUGAGCUACUACUGCCCCGCCAGAGUACACUUUUUAUGUUAACUUUCAGUUGAAAUCAGUCAGAUAUUUUUAAUCUCAAGCAAAUAUCAGUUAUUGAAUAUGGCAACUGGGGUAAAAGUAGGGGAUAUUUGUUUGAUUUGGUUUGAUUGUUUUUACAUCAAAUCUGUUAACCCCAGUUGAUGGGGAAUAUUAGCUAUCUUUCUUAUUUUCUAUGUUGUCUUUGUUUUUUUUCUUCCAUGAACAGAACUUUGGAUUAUAUGAGAUUUAUUUAUUUAUUUAUUCAUUCAGCUGAUGUUUAUUUAGCACUUUCCUGUGCCAGACACUGUUAAAGGCAAGAUGCCCUGCCCUCCUGAGAGAGACACAUGAGAAGCACAUAACAGGCUAUGGACAGUCUCAGGAAAAAAGAGAACCACAAGUGUGUCUCGGGCAUGUGGUUAGUUCUCAGGUACCCUGGCCUUAUAGAAAGCUACAUUCUCAAAAGUGAUGCAAGAAGUUCUUUCAGUCUAUGAGAAUGUUACAGCAAGGCUGCCUCUCCUAGGAUGUUGGAAUUGUGCCCACGCUUUUGCUAAAUGUUAUCCAGUAUUGUUUUUAUGCAAGAGUUCUGGCUGAGUAAACCUGACCAAACAAAAUUUCCCUUUUUGUUGUUGCUUGUUGGUUUUUUGUUUUGUUUUUGUUGUUUGUUUUUUGGUUUUUCAAGACAAAAUUUCUCUGUGUAGCCCUGGCUGUCCUGGAACUCACUCUGUAGACUGGGCUAUCCUAUAACUCAGAGAACUACCUGUCUUUCUCUCUCAGGUGCUGGGAUUAAAGGCAUGCACCACCACUGCCUUGCUGCUUGUAGCUUUUGGUCAUUGGGAAGGAUUUGGGAAGUUUUUUUCCUUCAGGUGUCAUAUUAUUGGCAGUCAGGGUCAAGCGGUUAGAAAUUUACUAAGCAGUUAAGAGCACUUGCUGCUUUCAGAGGACAGGAGUUCAGUUCCCAGCACCUGUCUGGCAGCUCACAGCCUCUUGUAACCCCAGAGCUAGAGGCCAACACUUCUGUGGCCUCCCAGCACCACCCACAUGUGUACAUACCCACACAUAAACACAUAAAUAAAAAAUAAAUCUUAAAAAUCAAGGUGAACAAAUUUUUCUGUUAAACCACCUUUUUUGGAAAAUUACAUCUUUGUGACCUGACAUAAAUACCCAAGGAUAUAUCUGCCUUCCAACCUCCUCAUAAUAUGACUGAACACAGUGGGUGCUCCCUUAGGUGAGUGUGAAGACAAGUAAGUGAUCAAGUGAAGAACCGUUUACUAUCUGAAGCAAUGAAGAGAACACUGGGAACAUUUUCCAUAAUAGUCUCUCCCCAAGUGAAGAAAGAAAAGGAAUUUUAUCAGGGAGACUUGUGCAGGUUUUUGCUGGAAAGACAUAUCAUUGCAUAUAGAAGAGAAUAUUUUUCUGCUCUAUGCAUUUGGAGAUUAUGCUUUAUAUAUUUAAUGAGCCAAGUUUGCCCUUAGUGACCCAGAAGAGUGGCUAGGCUAUUUUGACUGGAUUAAAAUUGUUGCCGGAAGUGGGAGGCGUGUUUUAAGGGAUGUAGCAUCUUCCCCCUUGCCUCUGCAGACACCAGUGUUUAACCAGUGUUCCCACCUUGGUGGCCAUGAAUAAGACACUCUUUGCCAUGGAAGUUAUUUUCUCAAUUUUCAUUCUUCCUUCGCUUUUGUUCAGUGGUUAGUUCUAACUGCUUAAUUUCUUUUCCUUUAACAGGUAAGAUAGUGUGUAAAGAGAAAAAUAAAGCAUCCAUCAUUCCCACCUGAGCAUAGCAGGUCACUUCCAGCCCUCAUCUGCAUGAGUGACUGUAGAGUUGUGCAGCCAAAAGCAGAGUUACUUGGUUGCAGUUAGUACUCCAAGACACAUGACCACUGGCAUUCAGUAGAUGGAAGCAUAUUCCCUUUUUAUAGUAGCAAUAUUUUCCUCUGGUGAAUUCUCUUGUCACUAUGAAAGCUUGUUUGUAUUGUGUACACAAAGCUAACUGAUUAGGCUUCCAUUUUGAUACAAUAUAUACACAAAAGGUUUAUGUUCAUACAAAAUUAGAACUGCAAAAUUGUGGUGUUUUUAAAUUUUGAAAAUUUUCUGUUAGAGUUCUGUAAAUAGGCAUUACUUUUACAAAUUAAUUAUUCUAUGUUCUAAAUGAAUUUAAAUGAUAUGCUUGGCAGUUUUAAGGCUUUUAGGACCAACUAUAGAACUAAUUAUUCUUUAUGUCAGUCUGUUGAUUUCAUUGGUGCUUAGCUGUUUUGUUUUGAUUUUUUUGUUGUUGUUGGGAGGGUUAUUAUUAUUGCUAAUGAUUCCAGUGAACUCUGGUGUGAUCCAUCAUUUUUUAAGCUGGAUUGGGUUACAGGUUGUUGGUACACACCUGUAAUCUUAAUACCCAAGCUAAUGCAGGAAGAUUCCUGUGAGUCCAAGGCCAGCCUAGGCUACAUAGACUUACCUCAAAAUGAGAACAAAAAAAUCCUUUUCCUUUAUAGAAAUUCUGGUGUCUGAGGUGACCUCCUCUCAGCCCGCCCCAGCACUGUAUUCAGUCCUCCUUGUUGAAUAAAGCCCAGUUAGUAAAGUGAAUCAGCACACUCCAGACAAGAGGCUAUUUAACUUAUACAUCCUUCCUUUGUGCUCCAAAUGCCAGUGAGGGAAUACAUGCACAAGUAGCAUUUCACCCACUGAGCAUCUCUCCAGCCAUCCCUGGAAUCCUGACUUUUGAAGCAAUAUUAAAUUCUCACAGAGGUUCUGUGAAUAGUGAUUCUCAAGACUAAAGAUCUUUAUUCAAAAAGGUAGGUGUUUUCCCACAAGGAAAGAAGCUAAUAGAGAUUUAAAUAGUUAUUCAUAAUUUUUCUGUUAUAAUCAGUAUGAGCAUCUAUUGACAAACAUUUUUUAAAUGUUUAUUAUUAUUUUAGUGUUUUAUAUGCAUGGCUGCUUUGCCUGUAUGUAUGGGGAUGGGCCAGAAGAGGGUAUCUGGAACUCCUGGAACUGGAGUUACAGCCAAUUGUGAGCUUCUGUGUAGGUUCUGAGACUCAAACCUGGGUCCUAUGGAAGAGUAGCCAGUGCUCUUAAUUGCUGGGCCAUCUUUUCAACACCCUAAUAUUUUAAUUUUUAUUUAAAAUUUCUUCCUUCAAUGUAUUUUGUAAAUAACUCCUCCCAGAUACUCUCCACCUCAAUGUUCUUUCUCUCAGGAAAAUAAGAAAGAAAAAAGAAAAAAACUAAGAGUCCAUUUUGUGUAGGCUAACUGCUCCUGAGAUGGGACUUGCCCUAGAGUGUAGUUGACAUACUCAGUAACACACCACUGGAGAAAAACGAAUUCCCCCUUUCCUAGAAAAUAUCCGUUGUAAACAGUUUCUUGGUUACAGGUGGGACUUUGUGUCUGCUUCCUCUUCUCAGUGCUGGGAUUUUGUCUGAUUUUAACCAUUGCAGGUCUUACGCAUGCUAUCAUGGUCUCUGCAGGUCAUAUGUGUAUCAGUCCUCUUAUUUCUGGAACAUGCCAUUUCCUUGGACUCAUCCACCACCUCUGGCUCUUACAAUCUCCCCAUGUCUUCUUCCAUGUAGAUCUCUUAAGUCUUGAGGGGAGGGAUGUUUAAGACAUUCGAUUUAGGGGUGAGUCCUCCUAAGUCUUUUACUCUCUGCACAUUGUCCUGUUGUGGGUCUCUGUAUUAAUCACCAUCUACUGAAAGGAGAAGCUUCUCUGAUGAGGGCUGGUCAAUGCUCUGAUCUAUGGGUAUAGCAAUAUGUCAUUAGAAGUCAUUUUAUUGCUGUGUUCCUUUAGUAGAAAAAUAGUAGUAGGUUUUCCCCUAGGCCUGUGAACUAUUUAGCCCAGGUAUUUUGCCCCUUCAGCAGUGUCAGAUAUGUCUCCCAUCUCAUGGAGUGAUUCCAGUCAAAAGUGGUUGGUUACUUCCAUAUUUGUGCCACUGUGGCAUUAGUAUUUCUUGCAAGAAGGUCUUUGUAGGUCGCAGGGUUUGUAGCUGGGCGGUACUGAUGAUUACUUUUCUCCAGUAUGCAAAGUACCUUCUAGCACUGUGAACACUAGUCAGUCGGGAUGAAGCUUCUAGGAAAGCACCAGGCUGAUUUCUCUGUGUUUGAUGACAUAAGAAGUAUCGUCAAUCUGUGAGGCACAUACCUUUAAUCCCAGUACUCUGGAUGCAGAGGCAGGCGGAUCUCUGUGAAUUAAAAGGAAAAAAAAAAGAAAAGAAAUUGUGUCUUCAGCAACAGGACCUUACCAUUCAGUUCUGGACAAUAACCAAUAGCGUUGGUAAUAGCCUGUGGUGUUUAGAGGAAUGACUGUAGAACCCCUUUGUCCAGCCUGCUAACAUUUCUUAUCUUGUACUUACAUAGUCUUUUGUAAUCUGUCCUCUUACGGAUAAGAUCUGAUAAGAACUGUGUUCCAAAUGCUGGGAAAGCAUAACCUACAAAUAUGCACAGCUUGAAUUUUUACCUAAAAUUUUAAAAUCUAACAUUUGACAUGAUUUGCCCAGAACUUUGUGUAUGAACUUUAGAUCACUAAAAAAUACCCUGCAUUGGGUGAGUUUUGCUGA